GACCAGGGAUUGAAACCAGGCCCUCAGCUUUGCCCUUAACAGUGAGAGCAAGAGGUCCCCUGGACCUCUAGGGAAUUCCCAUGAAUUGGAAUUAGUAACUGCCCUUCCUUUUUGGCUGCCGCUUUAGCCAGAGCCACAUCAGACGAAGUCCUUCAGAGUGAUCUUUCUGCACAUUAUAUUCCAAAGGAAACAGAUGGCACAGAAGGGACUGUAGAGAUUGAGACAGUGAAAUUGGCCCGUUCUGUCUUCAGCAAACUACACGAGAUUUGCUGCAGCUGGGUGAAAGACUUCCCUCUCCGCAGGAGACCCCAGCUUUAUUAUGAGACCUCAAUCCAUGCCAUCAAAAACAUGCGCAGAAAAAUGGAGGACAAACAUGUCUGCAUUCCUGACUUUAAUAUGCUCUUCAACCUCGAGGACCAGGAAGAACAAGCUUACUUUGCAGUGUUUGAUGGCCACGGCGGGGUGGAUGCUGCCAUCUACGCCUCCAUUCACCUGCACGUGAACCUGGUGCGCCAGGAGAUGUUCCCCCACGACCCUGCCGAGGCCCUGUGCCGCGCCUUCCGCGUCACCGACGAGCGCUUCGUCCAGAAGGCUGCCAGGGAGAGCUUAAGAUGUGGGACUACAGGAGUGGUGACUUUUAUCAGAGGCAACAUGUUACACGUGGCCUGGGUGGGUGACUCCCAGGUUAUGCUUGUGAGGAAGGGCCAAGCUGUUGAACUGAUGAAGCCACACAAGCCGGACAGAGAGGAUGAAAAGCAGCGGAUUGAGGCCCUUGGAGGCUGUGUAGUCUGGUUUGGUGCCUGGAGGGUGAAUGGAAGUCUGUCUGUCUCCAGAGCUAUUGGAAGGUGCUGGCAAGCUGUGAAGUGGCCCAAAUGUGAGCAGCAGAAGGCUGAGGGAGAAAGAGGAAGCUCAAAGGUGCCUGUGGGACAUCUUGGAAGCACAUGGAGAGAGGCGGUAGAAGACAAAAGCCAUGGUGCCAUUUCUACCAUGACAUGGAUAAUCACGCCCUUCUACCAAAUUUGGGGGCAAAAUGUCAUGAAUUUGACAUCUCACAGUAGAGCAGGAGAUGCUGAACAUAAGCCAUAUAUCUGUGGGGAUGCAGAUUCUGCCUCUACUCUUCUGGAUGGAACUGAAGACUACCUCAUUCUGGCCUGCGAUGGCUUCUACGACACCGUGAACCCUGACGAGGCAGUGAAAGUCGUGUCCGACCACUUGAAGGAGAAUAAUGGAGACAGCAGUAUGGUUGCCCACAAGUUAGUGGCAUCAGCUCGUGAUGCAGGGUCAAGUGAUAACAUCACUGUUAUUGUGGUUUUCCUGAGGGACAUGAACAAAGCUGUAAAUGUUAGUGAGGACUCAGAUUGGACAGAGAACUCUUUCCAAGGAGGGCAAGAAGCUGGUGGGGAUGACAAGGAGAGUCAUGGGGAGUGCAAGCGCCCCUGGCCCCAGCACCAGUGCUCCGCCCCGGCCGAUCUGGGCUACGAGGGGCGUGUGGAUUCUUUCACGGAUAGAACCAGCCUGAGCCCAGGGUCCCAAAGCAGUGUGCUGGAAGACCCGGGCUACCUAGAUCUCACACAGAUAGAAACAAGCAAGCCUCAUGGUGCCCAGUUUUUGCCACCAGUUGAGCUGUUUGGUUCUGGUGCACCAAAGAGAGCCAGUCUUAUUAAUGAGGUAAUAAUGGAGAAAAAAUCAGUUCCAUCAUCAUUGCCUGAAUGGAAUGGUGCUGGAGAGUUUCUCUCUUCUUUUAAUGUGGGUUCAACAGGGCAGCAGGUAUGCAGCAUGGAGAGUUUGCCUCCUGUUUGUUUUAGGCUGGAAAACGAACAGUUCAAGUUCCUGGGAAAGAGAGUUUCUAGGUUGUCUCACUUAUACUACCAUUACAGAAAGAGGCGGCAUGGAUUCAGGUUUAAUCCAAAGUUUUAUUCUUUUCUCUCUGCUCAAGAGUCUUCCCAGAAAACAGGCAUUAGCCUGUCCUCACUUAUUCGAAAUGGGAAGAGAAAUAGGAUGUUAAGAAGUUCUCUGCCAUGGAGGCAAAAUAGCUGGAAAGGAUACAGUGAAAACAUAGUGAGGAAGCUCAAAAAGAAUAACGACACUCCAUACCCAGAUCUUCCCUGGAGCUUUAAAAUAUAAUCCUUUCUCCCUAAAGUAGGCUAGCUAGCUCUCCCCCAGUAAAGAUACCACUAUCAGAGUAGAAACAAAGUAGAUAUUUCUGAAAUAUGUGUGCUUCAUUAUAAUGAGCCAUGGAUGGCUCAACUCUUAAAUGUAAAUAGAUCUCUAGGAAACUCAAUACAGUGUUUUCAAUCUAAUAAAAAACAGUAUUGGCGGUUUCACUAGCAAAAUUAUACCACUGGUCCCUGUGAUGUGUCUCUAUACCUACAUACACCCCCCAAGACCCCGUCACGUCACUAGUGGAGGCUUACGAGUUAAAUUAUUUCAGUCAGGAUAUAUAGUGCUGAAAUCUUGAUGCAGGUGAAAUUCGGUCUGAUGUGCCUAAUAUAUAUCUGGAAAACUUAAUGCAGAAUUAGAGCUAGUUGAGGAAUGUUCCUCAAAAGACUGGGGACUAUGAGGGAAAGCCUCUCCCUUUUUUUUUGGUAGGUAAAAGACUAAAAGCCAUAUGGGUUUUAACUGGAGAAAAUGAAAGUAGAAAACUAGUGUAAAAAUGUCAUAUUCUCAGACUUGUGAGGUGGUAUAUAGUCAAAAAGAUUCACUAAUUUUUUUCCUGUAACAUAAAAGACCAACAAUGAAAAUUUUUUGAAUUAAGCAUUUCCUAGGGCUGUAGCUAUUUGGGAGUUUCAUAACCCGUUAUGGUGCUUUUGACAGAAUUGUUUUUUAGAAGACCGCUGUCAAUUGGCUUUAACCUAUGAUGCUAACGUUUUUCACUGUACCUUCAUCUCAGGAAUAAAAACUUGUUUAAUGGAGAUGAUUUCAGG